AUGUUCAAUUCAAACAACAACAACAACAACAACCACCAACAUCACAUUCCUAAUGAGAAUGAUACUAUCAACACUCAUGUAUCAAUUCAAGAACAACAACAAGAAUCAAUCUCAAUUCCAAUAUCAAGAAUAUCUCAAAGAACAAUCAACUCAAACAACAAAGCUCAAGUUAAGCUCACCAAUCUCUUCAACACUAUCAAACGUAAAUUACUUAUUCAUAAAAGAAGAUAUUGGAUUUACUCAAUAGCUCUAAUGAUGAUGGUUUAUUAUUGUCUAUGGAACUUCAAUUUGGUAUCAUCCUUUAAACCUAACUAUUCAAUUUCAAACUUAUUUAUCAAAUCUUUUAAAACACCAUUAACUUAUCGAAACCAAAUAGAAAGCAUCACAACUUCAAGAUUUAUUUUAAAUCGAUCAAAUACACUUUCAUUUGAUCAUAUUUAUGUUUUAAGUUUACCUAACAAUUUUAAAAGAAGACAACGAAUCCAAAAGAUCGGAAAUGCACUUGAAUUGAAUUUUACAUUUAUUGAUGCGAUUGAAAAGAAUUCAAGUGUGAUUGAUUGGAUUGGAUCAAAAGUAAAAGAAAUCAGAAAUAAGAAACGUAAGAUCUUAUCAACUCAAUUUGGAAAACAUCAAAGUGAGAUUGGUGGAAUGAAAGUAGGAUCAGAUUGGUUAUUAAGAAAUGAAGAAGAAGUAAUCAUAAAAGAAUCAGAAGAAAAAAUUAAAAUUAAAUUACCUGCUUUAUCAAAAGAUUGGGUAAAAGAACUACAUCAACAUCAAGACGAUCUUCAAUCUUUGUAUCAACCGAAGUUUAAUAUUCAAAGUCAACUUUAUGAUCCAUUAGAAAGUAAAGCUCCAAGACAAUUAAGUUCAGGUACCAUUUCAGUUUGGUAUGGUCAAACUAAAGUGAUGAGAAAGAUGUUAGAGAAUCAAGAUCGAUCUGCUUUGGUUUUAGAAGAUGAUGUAGAUCUUGAAUGGGAUUUAGGACAACUUUGGUCAAGUGUGUUACGUAGAUUACCAAAAGAUCACAAGAAUCGUCAAGAAGGAUGGGAAAUCGUUUAUUUAGGUCAUUGUUGGGGUCGUGAAAACUCUCAUCCACAAUACGGACACCCAAAUCUUCAUCGAUCAUCUGAACCAAGAUGUUUACACGCUUAUGCCUUAAGUCAUACAGGAGUCCAAAAGAUUCUAAAAUAUCUUUCAGAUCCAUGGAUAGCUUAUCAAACAGCCAUCGAUAUUGCUUUACCUACAUUAAUCAAAUCAGGAUUCUUAAAGAAUGCAUUUUCGAUUGAACCAGCUUGGAUCAUUCAAGAUAAAACUGAAUUUGAAAGUGAUGUUCAACCGCUUGGUAAAGGUAGUCUUUGGGCUGGUUACUUGAUGGAUUCUACUUGGGAUAGAGUUUUGAAGUAUGAAAGGAAUGGAAAUGGAAAAGAAGAAGAAGAAGAAUGGGUCGAACGUAAGGGUAAAUUGGAUCCUGCUACGGUUUAUAGGGAACCUUUGUUGGAGGAAAGUACAGGUGAAAUGAAUUGA